CCUCCCACACUGCAGAGAGAACCUCUCUGUAACCUCCGUCCUCCCCCCAGAAAUCGGUAAAUCCACAUAGCUCAGCCAGGGGAGACCUGUUCCCACCACAGGUCCCGUUUCUGCCCGCGUUUCUCUCUUCUCAUGUCUGUGCUCUUCUGUUCCUCUUGCAGGCUGACUGGGAACGAACCCCUGACCAUCCUCCCUCUGACCUCAGAAAUGGAGGAAGCCGCUGUCAAAGCUCACUACAAAGUCUGUGACCGCCUGAAGCUGGAGAAGAAGCAGCGCAGGAUGUGCCGGCGGGACCCCGGCGUGGCCGAAACCCUCAUGGAGGCCAUCAGCAUGAGCGCGCUGGAGUGCCAGUACCAGUUUCGCUUUGAGCGCUGGAAUUGCACCCUGGAGGGCCGCUACAGGGCCAGCCUGUUGAAGAGAGGUUUUAAGGAGACGGCCUUCCUGUAUGCCAUUUCCUCGGCAGGGCUGACUCAUGCCAUGGCCAAGGCAUGCAGCGCAGGGCGCAUGGAGCGCUGCACUUGUGAUGAGGCCCCUGACCUGGAGAACCGGGAGGCCUGGCAGUGGGGCGGGUGUGGUGACAACCUGAAAUACAGCAACAAGUUCGUCAAGGAAUUUCUGGGGAGGAAGCCCAACAAGGACCUGCGAGCCAGGGUGGACUUUCACAAUAACCUCGUGGGCAUGAAGGUCAUCAAAGCUGGAGUGGAGACAACCUGUAAAUGCCACGGUGUAUCUGGAUCCUGCACUGUCCGAACAUGCUGGAGGCAGCUCUCUCCAUUCCAUGAAAUAGGGAAGCAGCUGAAGCAGAAAUACGAGACAUCCCUCAAAGUGGGCAGCACUACCAAUGAGGCCACGGGGGAAGGAGACAUCUCCCCACCCAAGAAGUCCAUCCCUGGUCACAGUGAUCAAAUCCCAAGGACUACGGAUCUCGUCUACAUUGACGAUUCCCCGAGCUUCUGUCUGAUGAGCAGAUACUCGCCUGGGACUUCAGGAAGGAAAUGUUACAAAGACAAGAACUGUGACAGCAUCUGCUGCGGGCGAGGGCACAAUACGCAGAGCCGGGUGGUCACCCGUCCAUGCCAGUGCCAGGUUCGCUGGUGCUGCUAUGUGGAAUGCAAGCAAUGCACCCAGAGAGAAGAGGUUUAUACCUGCAAAGACUAACGCGUCUUCUGUCUGAUGGCUACCCUCAGUGAUGGGCGAUUGCGAUCUAUGAGAACUGCGUAUGGAGACAAACAGGGUUUGACUGACCUUCUGGGAUCUGAAAGCUAUGUUGAGACAUAAGCACUUUGUAGGGUACAGGUGACCCAGCUGUGUUGCUGUUUUUUUGUUUUUUUUUUUCUGUAGACUGAAUUGUAAUGAGGUCCAACCAUGUGGAAGUAAGUGCCUGUCACGCUGGGGUUAGACAACAGUUGACCUUCACCUUAGUCAUCCAUGCAGUUUGACGGAUCAUUUAUCCAUGUAACAUCUUGAUCGGUUCACCAAUCCUCCAUGGACUCCUUGGCUCAUAUAUUCUCUUCGGGAUAAACAACCGUGUGGCCUAUACUACUUUAUUACUGAAGCUUUCCUGACUGCCUGGAGAGCUGAGCAGAUAUGAAAGACCUUUCUGCUUUGAAUGUGGUGGUAGAGGAAGCGGCCAUUUUUUCCUUCUGAAACUGGAGAUACGUGUGUGGGGUAAGCAGAAUCAGCUCUGAUUGUUCCUCUAGUGGAAUUUCUGCACAUCCGGCAAACAAGGCUCUGACAAAGAGACCCACUUGGAGGGUAAGCUUUUUAACGACAGCUCCGUAUCCACGUGCUCUGAUCACCGAAUGUAGCCUGAAGAAUGUUGGGUCCACCAUGUUGCAGAUAGAAAUUUAUCCAAGAACAAGAUUGGGAAGACAGUACAAAACCAGACGUGCCUGUCCCCUUCAGUCUAAUCACUUUUUUUUUUUUUUUAACAUUUUCUUCAAAUGCAGUUUCUUUAGCACUAUCACUGUCUUAAUUUUUAUUUU